CCAUAAAUUAUUCAGUAGAGAGAGAGUAGCCUGGACCGCUACAAGAAAGUCAUCACUUGUUCCUUCUACACUUUUCUGUAAGGAAGAGAAGAGAGAAGAGAAAGAGACGAAGGUUGAAGAAGACUACUCUGUUUCUUCCCGAUUGUGGGAGAUUGAUUACCUCCCGCGAUUAACAUGGACGAUAUACUGAUAUCUCCGGCUCAUCCCCGGGCAAAUCCUGGUAAAGAUCAACAAGCAGCCGGAGUUGGAAUACUCCUUCAGAUUAUGAUGCUUGUUCUUUCUUUCGUCCUCGGCCAUGUCUUACGUCGCCACAAAGUCUAUUAUAUACCUGAAGCUAGCGCAUCUCUUUUGAUAGGUUUGAUCGUCGGAGGACUUGCUAAUAUCUCAAACACGGAAACUAACAUUAGGGCGUGGUUUAACUUCCAUGAGGAGUUCUUUUUUCUGUUUCUAUUGCCUCCGAUCAUAUUUCAAUCAGGAUUCAGUCUACCACCUAAACCAUUCUUCUCUAACUUUGGAGCUAUUGUAACUUUUGCAAUUCUAGGAACUUUUAUAUCUUCCAUUGUUACUGGCGUACUGGUUUAUCUUGGUGGUCUGAUGUUCCUCAUGUACAGGCUUCCAUUUGUGGAAUGCCUUAUGUUUGGUUCUCUUAUAUCUGCAACGGACCCUGUGACUGUUCUUUCCAUAUUUCAGGAACUUGGAACAGAUAUGAACCUAUAUGCAUUGGUCUUUGGAGAAUCUGUGCUAAAUGAUGCUAUGGCUAUUUCCUUGUACAGGACAAUGUCAAUGGUGAGAAGCCAUGCUUCAUCUGGCGAAAGUUUCAUCACAAUCGUUGUUAGAUUUCUUGAGACUUUUGUUGGCUCCAUGUCAGCAGGUGUAGGUGUUGGGUUUACAUCUGCUUUGCUUUUCAAAUAUGCGGGAUUGGAUAUUGACAAUCUUCAGAAUCUGGAGUGUUGCCUUUUUGUUCUUUUCCCGUACUUCUCUUACAUGUUAGCAGAAGGCCUUGGUCUCUCGGGAAUUGUGUCAAUACUAUUCACUGGAAUUGUUAUGAAGCACUACUCAUACUCAAAUUUAGCUGAUGAUUCUCAGCGAUUUGUCUCUUCCUUCUUCCAUCUGAUAUCAUCGCUAGCAGAAACAUUUGUAUUCAUAUAUAUGGGAUUUGAUAUUGCCAUGGAAAAACAUAGCUGGUCACAUCUUGGUUUCAUCUUCUUCUCAAUUCUGUUCAUUGGAGUAGCAAGGGCUGCAAAUGUUUUCUCAUGUGCAUACAUGGUAAACUUGGUUCGACCUUCUCAUAGGCAGAUACCGAGAACACACCAGAAGGCACUUUGGUAUAGUGGUCUCAGGGGUGCCAUGGCUUUUGCGCUGGCACUGCAGUCAGUUCAUGAUCUACCAGAUGGACAUGGACAGACAAUUUUCACAGCAACCACUGCAAUUAUCGUUUUAACGGUAUUAUUAAUUGGAGGAUCAACAGGUACUAUGCUUGAAGCUCUGGAAGUUGUAGGUGAUGGCAAUGACGGACCCUCAUUGGAUGAACGAUUUGAAAGGAAUAACACCUAUAUAGCCCCUACAUACGAGGAGGAUGGGGAGUCAUCUUCUGGUAGCAGGUUCAAGAUGAAACUUAAAAAUUUCCACAAAAGCACAACAUCAUUUACAGCAUUGGAUAGGAACUACCUUACCCCAUUCUUUACUUCUCAAAAUGGAGACGAAGAAGAUGAAAGAGGAAAUUAAUAUUUUGAUUCCAGACGAGGGAAUCUUCACAGGCGUGCCUAGUGGAAUCCAUUCCAUUGGUUAACAUUACAGGCUUGUGUGCCGAGAGGAGUCCAACACAUAGAAGAAGCCUAUAGAGUGAGUAGGCCUAUGUAAGUUUAAACGAAUGAUCAUAUCAUAAAUAAGAUAGACUGUACAUGAUGCCACACAUACAAACUUAUUGAUUUAGGUCAUAUUAGGCUUGAGGAUACUAAAUAGGUUGGAUAAUCUGCUGGGCAAGUUGACCAUAAGUUCAAAAAUGCAUAAGGCAGGCAGACGUGUUACUAUAUGAUAAUACUAUGUUAUAUUUUCUAAUCAAUAUAAUGGGUUUAAAUUAGAUAUU